UUAUAUCGGGCGUCGCUUUGUUAGAUUUGGUCCAGCAUUAGUGAAGCUGGGCGAGCGCCAUGAGCGUCACCAACGUCAAAAAUAUUGUUUUGUUGACGUUUUUCACUAUUAGUGUAUCGGCCACUGGAGAUAAAAUUCCCUUAGGUGCAAUAUUCGAGCAAGGCACUGAUGAGGUUCAAACUGCAUUCAAGUUUGCAAUGUUAAACCACAACCAGAACGUCACGGCAAGACGUUUCGAACUACAAGCGUACGUCGACGUCAUAAAUACAGCAGACGCUUUCAAAUUAUCAAGACUUAUAUGUAACCAGUUCCAGAGAGGCGUUUACUCAAUGUUGGGAGCUGUUUCACCAGAUUCCUUCGACACGUUACAUUCCUACAGCAACACUUUCCAAAUGCCCUUUGUCACCCCAUGGUUCCCUGAAAAAGUCCUAGCCCCAUCAUCGGGUUUCCUGGAUUAUGCCAUUUCCAUGCGGCCUGAGUACCACCAGGCUAUUAUAGACACAGUCAGAUAUUAUGGCUGGCCUAAAAUUAUUUACCUUUAUGAUUCAAAUGACGGUCUCCUCAGAUUACAGCAAAUUUAUCAGGGUUUAGUGCCGGGAAGUGAGAGUUUUCAAGUGUCAACAGUUAGAAGAAUAAGCAAUGUUACGGAAGCUUUACAGUUCCUGAGAGGACUGGAGGAACAGUCGCGAUGGGAGCAUAAAUACGUAGUGCUCGAUUGUUCUGCAGAUAUGGCGAAAGAAAUUGUCGUUAGUCACGUUAGGGAUAUUGCGUUGGGAAAAAGGACCUAUCACUACUUACUGUCUGGUUUAGUGAUGGACGAUAGAUGGGAGAGUGAAGUAAUCGAAUACGGCGCAAUUAACAUAACUGGAUUUCGAAUAGUUGAUAGUUCCAGAAAGCACGUCAAAGACUUUCUGGAUAACUGGAAAAAGUUAGAUUCUACUGGAAGUCAAAAUACUGGCCGGGAAAGUAUCUCGGCUCAAGCUGCUCUUAUGUACGAUGCUGUUUUUGUCCUCGUUGAAGCUUUUAAUAAAUUAUUGAGAAAAAAACAAGACAUAUUUAGGAAUAAUAUGAGACGAGGACAAAUUUUUAAUAAUGGGAGCAAGGGUUUAGACUGUAAUGCGUCCGGAGGGUGGGUUAUACCAUGGGAGCAUGGCGAUAAAAUUUCGAGAUAUUUAAGAAAGGUAGAGAUUGAAGGAUUGACUGGAGAGAUCCGUUUUAGUGAAGACGGCCGACGACAAAAUUACACUCUUCAUGUUGUCGAAAUGACCAUAAACAGUGCUAUGGUCAAAGUAGCAGAAUGGAGCGACGAGACUGGUUUUACACCAGUUGCUGCUAAAUACAUUCGGCUAAAAAGUAACGCUCAAAUUGAGAGAAAUCGGACUUAUAUUGUUACAACUAUUGUAGAAGAGCCUUACAUAAUGUUACGCUCACCUGAACCUGGAGAGACUUUAAGUGGAAAUGAUCGUUUUGAGGGCUAUUGCAAGGAUUUGGCAGACUUGAUUGCCAAACAUUUGGGAAUUACGUACGAGCUCCGAGUGGUAAAAGACGGCAAUUACGGCUCAGAAAACCACGAAGUGAAAGGCAACUGGGACGGAAUGGUCGGAGAACUAGUUCGCAACGAAGCCGACAUUGCCAUCGCCCCCAUGACAAUAACCUCCGAACGCGAACGCGUGAUCGACUUCAGCAAACCGUUCAUGUCGCUCGGAAUCUCAAUAAUGAUCAAAAAACCAAUGAAGCAAAAACCGGGAGUUUUCAGUUUCCUGAACCCACUGUCAAAAGAAAUUUGGGUUUGCGUGAUUUUCAGUUACAUAGGAGUUAGUAUAGUCCUGUUUACGGUGUCGAGAUUUUCUCCGUAUGAAUGGAGACUCCUCCACCUAACUGGGGAACAUAGAGAUCCCUCAGGACAACACUCAACACACAAUUCCAUGGCUAAUGAUUUUACAAUGUUGAACUCGUUGUGGUUUUCGUUGGGUGCUUUUAUGCAACAAGGGUGCGAUAUUGCUCCCAGGUCUAUUUCGGGAAGGAUUGUGGGGGCGGUUUGGUGGUUUUUUACCCUUAUAUUAAUUUCGUCGUACACUGCCAACUUGGCAGCGUUUCUCACAGUUGAGAGGAUGGUGGCGCCGAUUAAUUCACCAGAGGAUUUGGCCUCCCAGACGGAGGUUGAGUAUGGGACACUGUACCAUGGGGCGACGUGGGACUUUUUCAAGAGGUCACAAAUAACCCUCUACUCAAAAAUGUGGGAAUACAUGAAUUCGCGGAAGCACGUUUUCGUCAAAUCGUACGAUGAAGGCAUUAGACGUGUUCGGACCUCAAAGGGCAAAUACGCCCUUUUGAUCGAAUCGCCCAAAAAUGACUACAUCAACGAGAGAGAACCUUGCGAUACGAUGAAAGUUGGACGAAAUUUGGAUGCUAAAGGGUUUGGAGUUGCUACACCUUUGGGCUCGCCUUUGAGAGACGCUAUUAAUCUAGCAGUACUGAACUUGAAAGAGAACGGCGAACUAACAAAACUAAUGAAUCGGUGGUGGUACGACAGAACUGAGUGCAUUCACGACAAACAGGACGCAGCUAGAAACGAGUUAUCUCUAAGUAACGUCGCUGGAAUUUUCUACAUACUGAUCGGAGGUCUUAUGAUAGCACUGGCUGUUGCUCUGAUCGAAUUUUGCUACAAAUCGCAUACAGAAGCCGUGAGAGCGAAAAUUCCGCUCAGUGAUGCCAUGAAGGCGAAAGCUCGUUUGACGAUUGGCGUCGGAAGGGAUAUUGAUAAUGGAAGGUACUACACUCCAGCCAACCAAAUCGCCGGUGCUAACGAACAGGAGCAAGCCCACAGCAACACUCACACUCAAGUGUGAAGCCCAAAAAUACCAAUUUGUAAGAGUUGACGUUUUCAUCGUUACCAUAUCUCAUCGCGUGCGUCACAUUAAUUGUAAUAUUUUUACUUAAACGUAGAUUGUGUCAAUUUAGACUGUGGCUAUUAAAUAUUACCUGUUU